AUGUGGAUUCUGGGUCCACAUGAAUUCAUCUCUAAAUGUGAACAGCGAACAGCAAGUUCCGAAACUUCAUAUCCGUUAGUUCAGCCUAGUGAUGACAAAGAGUUACGCCCAAUUUUAAAUGUUCAUGUCUCAAAAACAUCUGUCAACCUACAAUCAGCGCUUGGAUCUCACCACUUUGAAAGAUUUUCGGAAUGGAGCAGAUUAGUUCAGUCUAUCGCAUUCUUACAUCGAUAUGUCCGAAAUCGUAAAAGGAUAAGUACUGAAGAAAAGAAACCGAAUUCUGUUGAACUGUAUCAAGAAGCUGAGUUGUUCGUAAUAAGAUUAGUGCAAAACGAAGUGUACGAAACGGAGAUCAGUAAUAUGGAGCAAAAUUUGUGUCUAUCUAAGAAUAGUAAUAUUAUAGCUUUGAAUCCAUAUCUAGAUUCACGUGGAGUUCUGUGCGUUGGUGGAAGAUUGAACAAGUCGAAUCUUGAAAUACAUGAGAAAAAUCCAACCAUUAUACCAGGUAAACAUUAUAUAGCCAAGUUACUUAUACGCCAUUAUCAUGAAACUGUUUGCCACCAAGGACUCCAUUUUACCGAAGGGGCGCUCAGAAAGGCAGGUUUCUUGAUAACGGGAGCAAAACGCUUGAUACAGUCGUUCAUACAUCGUUGUGUCACUUGUAGAAAAUUGAGGGGUACUUUGGAAAUUCAGAAGAUGGCGGAUCUCCCGUCCGAUCGGCUUGAACCUGGGCCACCAUUUUGUAAUGUUGGCAUCGAUGCUUUUGGUCCAUGGCAUGUAGUUACCAGGAAAACCCGUGGUGGUAGCGCACAAUCAAAGCGGUGGGCGAUAUUAUUUUCGUGUCUCACAACUCGAGCAGUGCACAUUGAAGUUGUGGAAGAAAUGUCUUCUUCUGCAUUUAUUAACGCUCUAAGAAGAUUUGUGGCAAUUCGUGGAAAAGUAAAGAUAUUUAGGUCUGACCGAGGGACAAAUUUUGUUGGCUCAACCGAUCAUUUGAAGAUUGAUACAGUAAACGUGGAGAAUGGACCUCUAAGAGACUUUUUAUACAAAUUUGGAACAGUUUGGAUAUUCAACCCUCCUCACUCCUCACAUGGGGGGAGUGUGGGAGAGGAUUAUUGGAAUUUCUCGGCGUAUAUUAGACUCUAUGCUUUCAACAGUAGAUGGGAAAAAUCUAACUCACGACGUUCUUGUGACAUUCAUGGCAGAGGUUUCUGCAAUUAUAAACAAUAGACCGCUUGUUCCGAUAACCGCGGACCCUGAAUCACCAAUGAUUUUAUCUCCAUCGAUACUUUUGACACAGAAGACAAGUGAUAUUGACACAGUUUGUACAUUAAAUGAUUUCAGUGUAAAAGAUCUUUACAAAGCUGAAUGGAGACGGGUUCAAACAUUAGCCAACAUAUUUUGGACGAGAUGGCGUGAAGAAUAUAUUCAGACUCUUCAGGUCAGACGCAAAUGGCAUCACAAGAAACCGAAUCUUCGAAAGGGUGAUGUUGUUCUUUUGAGAGACAAAAAUGUUUGUAGGAAUGAAUGGCCAAAUGGCGUAGUGGAAGAAGCAUUCAGCAGUUCUGACGACAUAGUCCGUAAAGUCCGUGUGCGUGUUAUCCGGGAAGGAAAACCAGUUGUUUAUACACGUCCAGUUACAGAACUUGUACUUUUAUUCUCAGAAUAGUGAUAUUAUUAUGAACAUUAAAUAUGAUUGAUAUUUGUGACAUUAGUAAAUAGUUUGACACCUUUUUGUCAAUAAAGUUUAGUAUUGAUAUUUGGUACUUGAAGUCAGAGACACUAGGUACAUUUUCAUAUUGUCUGAUAAUGUAAGAUUGAUAUUUUGUUUUUUCAAUUUUUAUGAGGUAGUGAUAUUGUAAUAUAUCAGACGGGGAGUGUUCUGGCUCCAAAUCCGGAAUUGUGGUUACCAUUUUUGACUCUUAUUUUUGAAUCAUCACUUUACUUCCUGCUUGUUUUGAAAACAACUUGAGAUACACUUUACAUGUUAUUUCCUUACUGUCUCGUAACGUGUUUUUACCAUACUUCUUAUUGGAAUGAUGUACUACGCACCUAUUGGAUGUCAUUUUCGGUGCUUUAUGUGAAUAAAGUAUUAACAUUCUAUAA